CAAUAUGGCAAAAGGAGUUUAAGACUGCAAAACACGACUUUUCUGAUUAACACCACCUGCUCGGGACCUUUGCCAUGACUCAGAUAAGCCACCUGCUUGCUCACCACCUCAUUUUUGUUUGUUUUUCUUCCCUGCAGCUCCUGGAUCUGUUCAUCCAGUGGGACUGGUCGACGUACCUGGCUGACUAUGGGCAACCCACCUGCAAGUACCUCCGGGUGAACCCCACCACAGCCCUCGUCUUGCUGGAGAAGAUGAGGGACACGAGCCGGAAGAACAACGUUUUUGCCCAGUUUCGGAAGAACGAGCGGGACAAGCAGAAGCUGAUAGACACAGUGGCCAAGCAGCUCCGCGGCCUCAUCAACAGCCAUCACUCAUGAGGGACCCACAGCCUUCCCCACGCCUGGACUUGGGAUCCUUGUUCAAAGAGAACAGAUGUAUUUUUGUAUUCGCCUGUAUAGUAUGGAUGAAACCCACUGUUAUGACAAAACAUUGUUAAAUAAUCCCGGGGCAGGUAGGUGGCAUGCUGCUGGUGGAGAGGAGGUGGUGUCAGCAGUCACCAUUCUGAACUCCUAUUUUCAGGGGUUUGCAAAGCAACGGGAAAACCUGAAGCCUGAGCGAGAAGUUCACACCCAGACGAUGGGUUGGUUGGGUGUUUUUUGUGUGCGUGUGGGUGGGUUGGUUUUUUUUUUUAAAGUUUUUUUUUUUUUGGUUAAGCCAAAUUCAAAGAAUUGGUUUGACUUCCUUUUGUUAAGUUAUUCAGCUGCAGAACAAGGGAUCACAAGAAGCAUAGGGAGGAGCUGUGGUUUCAGGUUCUUCUCAUUGGCUCUGCUCGAAGGAGCACGCAUUCAGGAGGGUCGCUCCUUAGCUUGCCUUGCCAGCACGCAUGUUGGGUUUGUGUAGGAGGAGAAGCAGUGAUUUCUCAGCCUCUCUCCCCUUUUCCCAUAAGGACUGAUUCCCACCCUGGGUUGUGGGUGGCUCCUGGGAGCUGUGACCCUUUGGUGUGUGUGGUGGCACUGCUCAGAGCUGACGCACCCCAAGCUUUUCUUCUGGACCUGGUGGUGUCUUGUGGCCCUGCACUGGGUAUAAAAGGGCUUCAAGAGCUGCCUCGUUGCAUAGGAGAGGUUGGGGUGCCUUAUGGGGCCAGUUUGGGCUGGGUGCUAGGAAACACUCUGCUUUGCUUUUCCUUUCCGUGCUGGUUUGCAGCUCUGCUUUCCCAUCCUCCCUUCCUGCUGCCAUGUCCCUGCACCUCCAGCACAUCCCCCCAACAUGGGGACGUCCCCCAAACGUGGGGUGCAGGAGCUUCCCCCUGGAGUAGCAUUGUGCACCAGCAGCCUGGCUCUGAAUGACAGAGCUCUGCUCUGCUCUAUGCACCGGUGCCACCCGUGCAUCAUCUGCCAAAAUCAAGGCAGUCUUUGAGGACCACGUCACGCUAUCAACAGGAUGUCAAUCCCGGGCUUCAGGUUACAGAGAGAAGGGACUUUUGCCCUUAUCUUUUCAUUCCCCUUUUGACUCUCCUUACCGCAGGUGAAAACUUAUCCAGCCGCUUCCCCCACUACCAAACCCUGACGCUGUGUUGAAGGGAAUUGAAACCCUCAUUGUGAAUGGCAGGGCCCUUCAAAUGCGUGGGGCCAUUGGCUCUCAGUACCACUUGUGAAAGCUGCUGGGUGGUUCUGAAGCCCUGGUGGGUCCUGAGCUGCACAGGGGCAGGAUUUGUCCGUGUGUCACCCAGCUGAGGCUGCAGAAGGGAGCAUUUGGGCUCUUUGCUUUCUGCCCACGAGCACUUCUGGCUUUGUAUUUUUGGCUCCAUUCACACUCCAGCUCUGGAUGCACGAACCAAUGGUGUGUCGCCUUCCUUUUUUGUUCCUCGGCAGUACUCCUUUGAUUUCCUUUUGGGAAGGGUAUGUGAACCCUGAAAUAGGCACAUUGCUAGUGAUGAGCUCGUGGGACUUUGUCCCAUCACCACAACCUCCAGCCACCACAACUAGUGCAUUAUUUCCAUUAAUACCAGCGAAGAGCUGGAAUUUGGCUUUAUGGCUCCUUUCUUUGAGAGGAUUGAAGGGUACUUUCUUUGAAAUACAUAGAAGAAGGAUGAAAAAAAAAAGAAGGAGAUGGAUGACAGUUGUGUGGCCAGCAAGGGACCAUAUGAUGUGAUCCAGCCAAGGGGACCCUCCAGGUAGGGACAGGUGACAAGGGACAAGUGGUGGCAGAAGCAGGUGGGACCAUCUGCUUUGAGCAUCCUUUGAGCAGCAGAGCUCAAAGAUUGAAGCAAAAACAGUAGGAGGAGGAGGGAGGUUUCAGUGCACGAGGCACUCAGUGAAGGGCCAUCCAGUCACAAGCACUUUAAAACACUUCAGAAUCACGCUGCUACGGAUGCUGGCAACGGCAUAACAGAGCAUCAGCAAGCAUGACAAAUAGAGCACUUUGGUGUUUCCAGUUUUUAUUAGUGGGAGGAUAGACUGUCAAACCCAAUUUCUAAUAGCAUUUCUCAGCCACUGACGUCGCUGCUGGAUGAGGAGGUGCCUUUUGCACACUGAGGAUUUUCCUCCAGCAGGGAGAAGGGAGCAGGACCAGGCAUCAUCACCCCCAUGAGCUGGGGAAAGCAGCUGGCUCCUGGCUUGGAAUCUGGGUUUUUUUUAUCCCCAAGGAGAAGCUCCUGCAUUGCAUUAAGUAUCCCAGACUGGCUGUGGCUCAGGGUGAGCUCUGCUCUAAGGAGCGGGGCUGGCAACUGGGAUGUACUGCUGGGAAAGCUCAGCCCAGCCCCAUCAGAUUCAGGAAGUUUCUGAUUUGGGAGGUCAAGCACCUAACCACAAGUCACAUCACGGCCAUGAAAAAUGGAAUUUUGGUGCUCUGGUCCUAAUUAACUUUUUGUUCCAAGAGAUACACGUCCAUCCCUUCAAAAUAAAAUUAAUCUUUUAAACAGACUGCUUCAAAAUCCCUGGAAGACGUUUAAAGUCCCCUCUAAAUCGCUUACUAAUGACUGGUAUCCUCUGAUACGGAUGGUAUUGCUUAUGAGGGAAAGGUUGUUGCUAUAAAUUCGUGAUCUGGGGGGAGGAAGGGGCUGAACCCACUGCUGUAACCAUCACUUUGCAAUCCCCAGAACAAAUAAUGCUGCUAUUAACACAUCCAUGUACAUACGUUGGUCAUUCCUUAGGUUUUAAAGCAAUGGCUGUAGUGAGGAGUGGGUGAACCUCCUUCUCCCCGUAGCUUGGCAAACAAUUCAGCACCAUUGGAUUAAAAAGAAAAAGAAAAAAAGAAGAAAAACAAAGAAAAACAAAGCUUGCCUUCCUGAGAAACGUCCACUUAUCUUUUUUUCCUUAAAACCUCCUUGGAAUAGUUUUUUGGGGCACCUCUAAGGCACCAAGCUGCAGAGCAAAUCAUAAAGGGAACCCUCCUCCAUCUCUAUUCCAAUCUCCAUUACAAUCCCAACCCCAAUCCCCGCUGCUAUCUCAAUCGCAUUCUCAUACCCCAUCGCCAUCCCAAUCCCCAUCACCUUCCCAAUCCCCAUCACCAUCCCAACCCCAAAAACAAUCCCCAUCGUCAUCCCAAUCCCAACCCCAAUCCCCAUUGUGAUCCCAACUCCCAUCACCAUCCCAAUCUCAACAGCAAUCCCCAUCACCAUCCCAAUCCCCAUCCUCAUCCCAACAACAGUCCCCACCACCACUAUCCCAACUCCAACCCCCACCACCAUCCCAAUCUCCCAACCAAUCUCCAUCCCAAUCCCAACCCCAAUCCCCAUCUCCAUCCCAGUUCCCAUUCCCAUCCCAAUUCCUAUCGCCAACCCCACCUGUAUCCCAACUCCAGUCCCCAUCCCUCAGUGCCUACUGGCUGCUUGUGUUGUUGCCUUUUUGAGGGGGAGGAGUGUGAUUUUGUAAACUAAUGAUGUGGUGAAGACAGCUUUUUUUGCACAAGUUGUUGCACAAUAAGGGGAAAAAUUAGUAAAUUAGGUUUAACUUUAAAGGGAACUUUUUUUUUCCUUAAAACUCACUAGCAGAGCUACUGAUUACAAACAAAGAAAAACUGACUGAUUGAAAAAUGGACUGCAUGGUUUACAGGUUAAAUUGCGUUAGAAAUUAGCAUGUUGACUUCGACUGUACAUUUAUCCUAUUGUAACUUCCAUUAAACAAUACAGCAUAUAACUGUUUAAAUAA